CGCUGCGGCUCUCCCGCGCCGGCCCCGGCCCCGCCACUCGCCCGGGCAGCCUCAUUCCGCCGGGAUGACGGGCCCGUCGCCGCUUCUCACCCUCCUGGCCUGGGGGGCCGGACUCUUCCUCCUCCUCCUCCUCCUCCCGCCCCCCGCCACCGGCAAGGCUCCGGGCCGGGAGGUCGCCGCGGCGGGCCGCCGUUUCCGCCGGGCGUCGCCGCCGGGGCCCCCGUCGGAGGCGGAGAUGCUGCCGGCCGCGGGGCCGGAGCCGGCGGGGGCCGAGCCGCUGGCCCGGGCGGUGGGACGGCUGCUGGAGGCCGGCCGGCAGCGGGAGCGGGAGCGGGAACGGGAGCGGGAGCGGGAAGCCCGCUACCUGGCCGGCUUGCUGCGACUGUGGAGCGAGCUGGCCCCCGGGCCCGGACCGGACGGCGGCCCGCCCCCCGACCCCGACUACGAGGACGGCGGCCCGGCCCGCGGCCCCGGGCCCCCGGAGCCUCCGGGGCUCCCCGGGCCCCCGCUGGCCCAGCUGGCCCGGGCGCUGCUGCUCGGCCGCUCCCGGCAGGAGGAAGGCGCGGCCGGACCGGGACCGGAGGAGCCGGACGAGGACGAGGACGAGGACGCCGAGCUGGACCCCGAGCUGCUCCGGUACCUGGUGGGCCGCAUCUUGUCCGGCCCGGGCGAGCCCUCCGCCCCGCACGCCGCCCGCCGGGACCCGCGGCCCCGCCGCCUCCGCCGGGACCUGCGGUCCGAGCGGCCCCCGGGGCCCGACCCCGCCUCGCUGCUGAGAGUCAAGAGGCUGGACGGCGGCGAGGAGCCCGGAGCCUCCGGCCGGACGAGGCCCAAACGGGGCCCGCUCCACCCCGGGGCCGGCCUGGCCCAGCAAGUGCAGCGCUACCGGCCCCACUGAGGCCCCAGGGGCUUCCCCCGAAGCCCCCGUCCCCUCCGCCGGGAACCGCCACCCCCGGGGGAGGAGACGGCCACGUGGCCCCCGUCCUUCCCGCCCUCCCGUGUCCUCCCCCCUCCUCGGGCCCCUCUCCGUCGCCCGGCCCCCCCCCCCCCCCCCGCUUCCACUCCGCCUCCCCUCCGUGUGUGUGCGUGUACGUGUGUGGCCCACCCACUGUGAGUGUCCAGCGCCUGACCGGUUCGGUGUCAAUAAAACAGCCCGACAGGUAUUUUACCGUA